CUCACGGGCAGAAGCACAAACCCCUCCCCGUACUUGCCAGCCUGCCACACACAGCGUCGCCGGCAAAAUGCCCCUCCUGCUCCGACGCCUCGCCGGCGCCGUCGCGGCCCCCCUCCGCCGCUCUCUCUGCACGGCGGCCCCGCGCCCUCCCUGGGCCAUGGUGAACAGCCAGGCGGCGCUGGACGCGUCAGGGGCGCCGUCGCGGGGCGCGCGCGCGCUCGUCGACCUCGACACCACCCCGUGCGUCUCCCGCCUCUCCGUCCCCGCUCGCCUCGUCGACCCCCACGGCGACAUGGGUCCCCUCGUGGGCAUCGUCCGCAGCGCCAGCUGCGACGGUCUCCUCCUCCUCGACUUCGUCGACGCCCGCCCGCGCCCCAUAUGGCCACACGAACUCGCCGCGGACCGCGGCGGCGUGGAACCGGACGCCAAGCUCUUCGUCUGCAACCCUCUCAGCGGCCAGCUGGUUCGCCUCCCGGCCCCCGGCAUGGACGUCCCCAAGAUGAGCACCUCCUUCGGCCUGCUCACCCAAUCCCAAGGCCCCCACGGCCCGCCGGAUAGGUACGUGGUCGCUCAGCUCAGCAAAAGCAGUCGCGGGGGAGGGGAGUGCCGCAGGGUCGUUCGCCGGUUUCUGUCCGAGACAGGGGAGUGGGACGAGCGGCCGCUGGUCGGGGUGGUCGAGAUGGAGGCUGCGCGCAGCAUGCUCAUCAACCAUGAGGUGCUAGCGUUGGGCGACCGGCUGUGGUGGGUGGACGUGGCCUGGGGUGCCUGCUCCGUCGACCCCUUCAGCGACCGGCCGGAGCGCCGCUUCGCCGAGCUGCCGCGUUGCAGCGUGCUGCCUGCUUCCGAUUCCCCGAUGCUUCCGACGCUGAGCAGGUACCGGCACAUGGGGGUCAGCGAGGGGAAGCUGCGCUACGUCCAAGUGUCCAACAGAGACGACAGGUCGUGCGUGAUCCUUUCAUUCUCGCUGGAUGACGAGACCUACAGCUGGGCGCUGGAUCAUUCAGCUCAAAUUACAGAUCGGGGCGACCGCUGCCAUGUUCACAUUGCUGCCAUAGAUCCAUUCAAAGCCAACCUUGUGUACCUCCAGCAUAGUGGCACUGUCAUUGCCAUGGACCUGGCUAAGAAAAAGGAGAUUUGGAGGAGUUCCCUUCCACAAGAAAUCUUCUUUGAAAGUUUGCUCCGUGGCAGUUCUCUUGUUCCGUGCGCGCUCCCAACAUGGCUUGCCACAAGCCAGAUCCCCUCUUCUGCAGGAACCCUUUCAACAAGCAACAAGGCCGAUUGCAAAAAGAAGACCUUGGCAGACAUGCUGGUUCGCGUAGACAGCUAACUUAUCUCCGGUACACUCUAUUAAGUAACUCUUUCUUGUUUAGAUUCCUUAAAUUUGACCAACAACAGAGUUGAAGGUGGCAUCUGAAAGACAAGAGCUCUUAUUUUUAGGGAAAUUCUGUGACAGUCUGGGCUUAUUUUUUGGGCUGAUGCAAUUCUCUUUUCAAGGACGGAUGUUCUUAAAUAUUUUGGAUAAGUGUAGGUGCACACCUAUCAGAAAUCCAACGUUACUUGCGAGUUGCAAGAGAUCAUGCUUAUGUUCUUUGUAAGAUGUUAAUUCCCUGAAGUGUUUAGCUCUGACAUGUUUUGCUUUGUAUUCAUCAAAUCUGGGAUAUGCUUGAUUGGAUAUUUGGAUGCUGAUGAUGGUAAAUCUA